AUGAGUAUAUGCAUAUCAACUCAAAUUGAACCGAAUGAUGAAACGUAUACUAAUCAUUCCAUAUUAGAUAUGUACGAGAAAAGGAAAGAAGAACGAAAUAGUGAUAUGAUAAAAGAUAAUACAAGUAGUUCAUAUGACAAAGAAUAUAUAGAAAAGAUAAAAAGAUUAAAGAAACAAAAAUAUUUUGGUAAUAAAACAAUAGGGAAAUUUUCUAGUUAUAUUUAUUUAAUUAAUCAAAUAUUUGGAUCUGGUAUAGUAUCCAUUCCUUAUGUAUUUAAAAAUUCAGGAUGGUUACCAAGUUUGGUAGCAAAUAUAUUUAUAUGUAUUUUAACAAUAUUUAAUUCUUUAUUAUUUUUAAGAACUAUGACAAUGAUACCUAAUAAUAUACAUUUUAAUAAAAGGUAUGAAUAUAUAUCUACUGUAUGUUAUUUUUUAGGAAAGAAGAAUAUAUAUUUUUGGCUAGUCCAGAUAUGUUUUUAUGCAAGCAUAUUAUGUAGUAAUAUAAUAUCCAUAGUUAUUGUAUCUCUUGCAGUAGAUCAUUUAAUAAUAAAUAUGUUUGGUUAUACAAUCGGUUUUGUUAUAUAUCCAAAUAUCGAAAUGAAAUAUUUUACAAAUAUAAAUGAAUUAUAUUAUACAAAAAAUUAUAUAUUAUGUAUAACUAUAGGAUAUAUUAUUAAUGCAAUAGUAUCUAUAUAUUUUUCUCAAUCAAAUUUAGAAGAUAAUAUGAAAGUACAAUUUUUAUCUUUUUUUUUUUUAAUGACUACUAUACUUCAAAUGAUAUAUUUAAGUAUUCUUAAAAUAUAUGAAUAUAAUACAAUUAAUAGAAAUUUUCAUUUAUUAACAAAUAAUAAUUCUAUUAACAAAUAUACAGAUAUUAAAUAUCCAACAAUUUUUGGAAAUUAUAAUUUUAAACAACUUAUUUCAUCAUAUAUAUCAUCUUAUUCAACUAUUACCGUUAUCCCAUGUUGGGCAAAUGAAAUGAAAUCUGAUGUAAAAAUAAUAAAAACCGUAUGGUUAUGUAAUAUUUUUUGUUGUAUUAUUUAUUAUAUAUUUGGUUAUGUAUUAUGUACGGCUUAUCCAAAUAUAAAUAAUGAUAACAUAUUAAAUGACAUAUUACAAACACCCUUUUUAAAUAUAUAUAUGAAAAUAUCUAUAUAUAUAUUUGAUAUAUUAACUAUAGCUCCUGGAAUAUAUGUAUAUUGUAUAGCUACCAGAUAUAAUUUAAUAAAUAGUAAUAUUUGUUCAGAAAAAACUGCAUUCCUUUUUGGUACCAUAUUCCCAUUUUUUAUAUCCUGUUUUUUCAAUUCAAGAUAUAUAUUUGAGAAUAUUUUUACAUGGUCAAGUUUGAUUUUUUCUUAUGCUUGUAAUUUUAUUACACCAUCUAUUAUAUAUUUGAUAGCUUGCAAAAAUAUUCCUUUUUCCGAAAAAAACCCUCUAAAAUAUAUUCACGUAUUGUAUGACCCCAAGGAAUAUAUGAAUAGGAAAAAUUUGUGUCAAGAGGGACAAAAUAAAAACAAAAGGAUGUGUAUUCAGAAAGAUACUGAACAAAAGGAAAAUGCAUUAAUAUCUACAAUGUAUGAAGGAAAAUAUAAUGAUAAAUUGGAACAUAAUAAUAAUAAUAAUAAUUUUUUAUCAAUUCAAGGAGCAGCAAUAAAUAAAAUUAAUGAUUCUAGAGAAGAGAAAAUCAAAUAUGUAGAUUCGGAGAGGAAUCAUUUCAGGGUUCCCAUAAAAACAAACUUUCAAUCUAAAGUAGGAAAUAAUAUGGAAAACAAAAAAAGCGACAUUUCAAUAGAAAAUAAAACACUUCAACCAAAAAAAAAAAAGAGCGUUAACUUAAAUACGGACAAUCUUAUUAUAAGAAUGAAUGAGGAAGAUAUGGAAGAAAAUCAACAUGUUCAAUAUGAGAAAGAUCACCAUGAAAAAUAUGAUAAUGAAAAAAAUAAGGAAAACACAUAUAAUGAUCAAACGAAUUACAAGCAUUGUGAAAAAGAUAACAUAAAUAUUAUUGAUGACAACAAUGUAGGAAAAAUAAAACAUAAUGUAAAAAAUAUAAAAAAAACAAAACAAAAAAAAGAUAUGUUUGAAUACAGAAAAUAUAAUUCUCUUUUUAAUACAAAAAAAAAAAAUGUAUCUUACAAUUCACAAAAAAAAAAUGAGUCAAAUUCUUAUAAUAUUAGAAGAUCAAGGAAACAUAAAACAGUCAUGGGAUUUGAAAAAAAAAAGAGAAAAAAUAAACAUGAAAUGAACAUAAUACAUGAUGGGUAUAACAAAUAUCAAGAUUCAGAUAGUCAUAGUGAUAAUAUUAAUGAUGAUGAUGAUGAAGAUAUUUUACACGAUAAAAUUAUUGCAGAUUUGUCAAGAGAUAUAUAUAAUGACAUAAAAAUAAUUCAAAAAAAUUAUGAACGAGAUGAAUAUUUAAUUAAAUGUUCUGACAUCUUCGAUUCAUUUCUAAAUCUCAAAUUGAUCAUGGAAACAGAAAAGAAUAAUAAUACAAACAUGGGAAAUAAUUAUGAUAUGGAAAGUAUUUAUAAUAUGGGAAAUAAUUAUGAUAUGGAAAGUAUUUAUAAUAUGGGAAAUAAUUAUAAUAUGGGAAAUAAUUAUAAUAUGGGAAAUAAUUAUAAUAUGGGAAAUAAUUAUAAUAUGGGAAAUAAUUAUAAUAUGGGAAAUAAUUAUAAUAUGGGAAAUAAUUAUAAUAUGAAAAAUAAUUAUAAUAUGAAAAAUAAUUAUAGUAUUAAUAGUCAUCAUAACAUACAUUACAUGAGUAAUAUAAAAAAGCAACAUAAUAGUGUCGAAUAUUCUAAUAUAUCUAAUACUUUACAUGUUACUCCCAAACAUGAAAUGAAACCAAGUCCGUUUUUUUCAUAUCCAUGUUAUAAAUCCAUAGAUCAUUCAAAUAAUUUAUAUAUAUAUAAUUCAUAUGAUAUAAAGUUUAACAAAAUGAAUAAGCAAGAAAAAAAUAAAAAUCUUGGUUCUGAUAAUGGAAAUGAUAAAAAUAUAUUAUUAUAUUCAAAUGUAAAUGAUGACGAAAAGGAGUAUAUAUUAUUCGAUAAGAGAAAAAUAUCGGAAAAUAUCAUACAACAUGAGAAAGAAGAUCAUAAUGAUAAUGAAAAUAAUAAAUUAUAUAUUGAACAAACAAAUAAUAGAAUAGGAACAUCAAAUAAUAAUUAUAUUGAUAAAAAAUAUAUAGAAAAAAAAAAAAAUGAACUUAAUGAUUUAAUAAAUAAUCAGAAUAAAUACAAACAUCAAUUUAAUAAUAUAGAAAAAGAGUUUGAUAUUCUCAUUAGUGGAAUAAAUAAUAAACAAAAUUUAACAUGGGCAUUUGAUGGAAAUAAAAAAGAAAAUAAUAUUGGAAACAAAAAAAAUCUUUUUUUUGUAAAUAAUAAAAAUAUAAAUGUAUCUAAUGUAAUAUGCACUUUUAAUUUAAAUAAUACGUAUAGAAAGUCAACAAGUUUUGGUUACUUUUAUAAUUCAAAUUGUAAACCAUAUGUUAAGGAGGGAAAUGUAAUCAACAAAUUAUAUAAUAUAUUAAAUAGGAUGAAUACAUAUGGUUCUUCACCCUUAAAUUGUAUAUCGGAUGAUGUUAUUAUUCCAACACAAAAGUGCAGGAAACAAAAUACAGAUAUUUAUUAUUAUAUUAACGAUAAUGAAAGAAACAAAAAAGGAAAACAUAUGUAUAAUAAUAUAUUAUCUGAUGAUACAGAGGAUGAACUAUUUAAUGUUUAUUUAUCCAAUGAUAUAGAUAUAAAUGAAGACAACGAUAAAAUAUCUGCAAUAUGUGAUGAUAAAAAAGGGUAUCCCGAUUUUACAAAGGAUGAUAAUAAUAAUAAUAAUAAAUAUGAUAGUAAUAAAUAUGAUAGUAAUAAAUAUGAUAGUAAUAAAUAUGAUAAUAAUAAUAAUAAUAAUAAUAAUAAUAACAAAGAUGAUCAUAUUUUUCAUAAGAAGGAUUACCAUGCUAGAUUCACCAAUCAUAUAAAAAACAAUCAGAAGGAAGAUGAAAAUAAUAAGGAAGAAAUAAUAAAAGUAAAAAGUAAUCAUCAUAAUAAUAAUUUAGAACAAAAAAGUACUAUUCAGUCUCAAGAUAAAUUAUUAUACUCUUUAAAUUCAUAUAAUAAAAGAAGUAAAGUAUAUAAAGAUAUAAAUACAUUAAGUGUGCCUGACAAUGUUUAUAAUGUCAUACCACAACUUAAUAAAAGGAAAGGAACAAACAAUUAUGACGAAGACAUUAAUAAUAUAUAUAAUUAUUAUAAAUAUAAUUUCCUUUUAUGUUUUAAUGAAAAUAUUAAAAAUAAUAAAGAGUAUUUAAAAAAUUACAACCAUAUUAGAAAUACAAAUAUAUACUAUAAUAAUAUUAUUCAUAAUAAUAAUCAAAGUACAAUAAAUAAAAAAAAUAUACAUAAAAAUGAUAAAAUUAAAACAGAUAUAAAUAUAACAUCCGAAAAUGAUAUUAUGAAAAAAAAUAAAAAAUUUAAAUCACUUUAUAUAAAUACAUUUUCUAAUGAUGAUAAAAAAGAACCACUAAUUAAUCAUAAUAAAAAUGAUAUAGAAGAAUUACCAACUAUUAAACUUAUAUGUUCAGAAAAACCAAUAUAUGGAUAUGAAGAUGCUUAUCAAAUUGAUGAUUAUGUUAACGGGCAAAUAAAUGAAAAUAUUAUACAUGUAUACCCUUUUAUAUAUUUAAGAAUUAAACAUGUAAAAAUAACUCAGAUGCUUUUGGGAAUUACUAUUAUGUUAUUGUUUAUAGCCAUCCUUUAUGAUUUUAUAUAUUAA